GUACACACCGAUCGUUUCCCUAGUGAUGGAGGAUGUAGGCAAAGCCCAGAGCAAAGUCGUAAUGAUCAGAAGCUUGUGUGGCUCCAAACUGGAAGACAACCAUCCGAUUUCCCAUUUGUAGUAACAAGAGCAGUGGACUUGUUAUUUUAAUUCUGUUUUGAAGCUUAUUGUAAGAAAUGAAAGUGCUUUGUGCGUCGAUGAAAAAUCCGAGAUUUCAAAUUAUAUUCAUUUGUCCUUCUCAAAGAAAAAUCCUCUUUUAUUAAUGAUUGUAAGAGGUCUUCUCGAAUUAUGAACGUGUUGUGAGGAACUGAGGAUGAGAAAUUGAGAAUCCAUUCCUUGCAAUAGGCCCCCUCUCUCUCAAAGCCAUCUUCCAACCAUGGUCAAUUAAAUCGUACCGUACCGGCGGUUCAACCACAAAAUACUAGUAUUGGAGGCUAACCCGAUAGACGGUAUUAACGGUUGAACUACAAUUCAACCACGAUUUUACCGUAAAAUACCCUACUAUUAACUUUUCCGGUACGAUGUCCGGUACAGUUUCAUGGACCAUGCUUCCACUUAGGAAAGCAAGGUGCUUAAUUAAUAAUUAAUUGGUUAUUCUGUAUUAUAAUAACCUAAUUGCUUCAUUCAAAUUGCAUGAGUUGCUUGCUCUCCAAUGUUUAAAAAAAAGAGAGGAAAGAGGAAUCUUUUAAUUUUUAUUAUUCCUUUUCACCAAAAGCAAGCAGCCCCAAGGUGACUUGGUCUCCAAAUUCUGAUCUGCUGCAGAAUGGCGAAACCAUAUUAUUGUUUACUUACUCCAUUCCUCCUCUCCUUUUAUUUUAUUCCCUUCCCUUUCCCUACUUACAUUAUUGUUGUUCUCUAUGUUGAAUGAUCAAGUGACAUAUGAAGAAACUUCAAAGUUCAAACCUAUCUUAAUAAACGUGCAUGAUUUUUACCUGCCAGUCAUAGUUGUUCACAGGUUAAUUAAUGUUUACAAUAGGGUAAAUGCCACAUUUGGUCACUAAAAUUACUAAAUCAUGUCAUGCUUAGUCACUAAAAAAAAUUAAUAUCAAUUUUGGUCACUCGAAUUACUGAAACAUGUCACAUUGAGUCACUCUCCCGUUAGUUUUCGUCCAACUCCAUUAACGGAGUGGGACGAAAACUAACGGGAGAGUGACUAAAUGUGACAUAUUUCAGUAAUUCGAGUGACAUUCUUAAAAAGAAAGUAAUUCAAGUGACCGGAGUUGGAUGGAGACUAAUAGGAGAGUGACUAAAUGUGAUCAGUUUUAGUAAUUCGAGUGACUAAAUGCAAGAAAGUAAUUCAAGUGACCGGAGUUGGACGGAGGCUAAUAGGAGAGUGACUAAAUGUGACCUGUUUUAGUAAUCCCAGCUGCAGUGAGAGACUACAUUGACAAGAAGAUACGAGCUUUCAUCUGGGGGAGCUCGGAAGCAUGGAGGAAAAUUCAUCUAGUAGAUUGGCAGACAGUGUGCAGUAGGAAGGCGGGCUAGGUUUCAGGAAUGUGACUAGGGUGAACGAAGCCUUUAUGGUGAAGAUUGUCUGGCGCUUGUUUACUGAACCUAACAGCCUAUGGACUCAAGUUAUCAAGGGCAAGUACUUUCGGCAAACUGAUACGAGUUGGCUGGUGAGAAAUUCAGGGAGAAUGUUGAAUCUCUGGCAGGGAGUUCGACGGGUGCUUCACCUACUGUCGGAUGCUACGUUGUGGCAAGUUAAAGGAGGUCAGCAGGUUUUGUUUUGGGAGGACAGAUGGUUGCAGGAUGGGCCACCACUCUCUGUUUUUGCGAACAAUCUCCCGAUGAAGCUCGUCGCCUCACGAUAUCUGAAAUGGUUUUAAAUGGGGAUUGGAAUUUUGAUUUCUUGCAGGCUGUUCUCCCGGAAAAUCUAGUGAGGCAAAUCCGUCUCCAUCCAGUCCCACAAGGGAGUGAUGCUGACGUCCCUAUGUGGCGCUUCACUCCUUCGGGAAGGUUCUCUUAAAAUUGCUUACGAGCUGAUCCAAGCGGAUGCGGUGGUCCAGCCUCAGCCAGAGCCAUGUUGGAAGGCGAUAUGGAGAACCCUGUCACCGCAACGUACGCACACUUUCCUCUGGCUUGCAGCACAUCAACGCCUACUAACUAAUGCUGAAAGAUCAAGGAGACACCUGGCGCCUAAUGGCACCUGCCCGAUAUGCGAGGAUGGACCAGAGACCACUCUGCACGUCAUCCGCGACUGCCCGUAUGCAAGAGGAGUUUGGUCGCAUUUCUUAGCUGAGGAACCACCAGAUGAUUUGUUCUUCCAGAGCAAUUUGUCGAGUUGGAUACGUUACUAUAUAACGGGACGCAGUGGGAUUAUAGAUGCAUCCCUGUUUGCUGUUUUGUGCUGGAAAUUAUGGAAGAAUAGGAACAGCAAAGUCUUUGAGAAGAAGUUAGCUACGAUGGAGGAGAUGAUUGCUGCCGUGAAGCUCUAUGUGCAGCAAGUGCGUUGGGCAUUUGACAGGGAGAGUGCAGUCAUGGGAGGUGAUCGCAUGAAACAUAGCUCAUUUAUCCAUUGGAAACCUCCGCCGUCGGGAUGGACAUGCUUGAACACAAAUGGGUCAGUAGCUAUUGCUCAGGCAAGUGCAGCGGCGGGUGGAUGCCUACGGGACGAAGACGGGAGGCUGAUCCGAGCCUUUGUAGCUAACCUGGGGGUGGCUCCACCACUCAUGCGGAGUUAGCAGGUAUCUUUUUGGGUUACAGAUGGCGUGGGACGCUGGAGCUCGACGAGUUGAAGUCCAAUCGGACUCCCGCACAGCCAUCCAACUUCUUCAAUCGGCGACGGAGUUCCACCCCCACCGGACAAUGAUAUCGACGGCAAGGCAGUUGUUACAGAGGGAAUGGCAGGUGAACAUCGUUCAUACCUUUCGCGAAGGAAAUUUUGUUGCUGACUUCCUAACUUCGCAGGGCCAUGGAUACCCGAUCGGGAAUCACCCAUUUCUGGGCUCCAAUCCGAACCUUCUCCACUGGCUUUUCUACGACCGUGUGGGAGUUGCAGUCCCACGCCUUGUUAAUGUUUAAGGGUUGAGCGCCCCUUACCAAAAAAAAUGUAUAUUUGAAUAUAUUUUAGGCAAAAUA